CCCAACCAGUAUCCCGCCUGCCAGGUGCAACUCUUGGCAGUCAGGCUCCGCCUGACGGGAGGGGCCUGGCCGCCGCCCAAGAGGCUGGUCCGCGGAGUCGUCGGGGCGGACACAGGCUUCGCUUCUGCAAGCGUCUCCUUCUUCCGCUCUUAUUUGCCACGAGUGGCUCUGCGCUCCGCCGGGGGAGCCAUGAGGCGCGGCGCCGUCUUGACAGCCUUCGCGCUGGCCUAUGCGGGCUAUCUGCUGCUCGGAGCGCUGAUCAUCUCAGCCGUCGAGCGACCCUACGAGAGCCGGCUGCGAGCCGAGCUGCGGAAUCUUAAGAGCGACUUCCUGCGCAGCAGCCCCUGCCUGUCCGAGGCCGGGCUGGAGCGUUUCCUGGGUGCCGUCUUGAGAGCCGACCGCCACUCCGCGGCCCUCCUGCACAACGGCUCGGCUGCCACGUCCAACUGGGAUUUCGCCUCGGCCUUCUUCUUCGCCAGCACUUUGAUCACCACCGUGGGCUACGGUUACACUACACCCCUCUCAGAUGCCGGCAAAGCUUUCUGCAUCUUCUACGCGGUGGUGGGCGUCCCCUUCACCAUGCUGGUGCUCACAGCUACUGUGCAGCGCCUUGUGGACACUUUCACCUCUGGGCCUUUGGAAUACCUGGCCCUCCGCUGGGGCUCUGACCGCCGCAUCCUGUUGUGGGGGCACCUGUUGGUGCUGAUGGGCCUGGUGUUGGCGACCUUCUUCUUAGUGCCUGCUGCCAUCUUCAGUUCCCUGGAAGAAUCCUGGAGCUUUCUGGACGCUUUCUACUUCUGCUUCAUCUCCCUCUGCACCAUUGGCCUAGGAGACUACGUCCCUGGGGAGCAGCCCAGACAACGCCUUCGCCCCCUCUACAAGGUCUCCGUCACAGUUUACCUGCUUCUGGGGCUCAUGGCCAUGCUGCUGAUUCUCCAGACCUUCCACAAGCUGGCAGACCUGCACGGCCUCUCUGAGCUGAUCUUCCUGCCCCCGGAGCAGCCUCCCGAAGAGCAUCAGAGUAUCCUGGGGGAGCCCAGCCCUGCCUCUGAGCCAGGGCAGAAGGAAAAAUUGCCUGCACACCCCCGGCCAGGAGGCCCAUCCCAUUAUUCCUCCAUUAACAGAUAAUAGCAAGGAGCAGCAGGGCGAGAGUUUGGGCUAAUCCACAAGGAAGACUUGCUGAUCUCGUCUGUCCUUCCUGACCAAGGAAAUGAGGCUGCUGGAUGGUCCACUCCUGUGGAGGGCAGGGGAGGGAACAUGGGAGGCUUCUGGCUCUGUCUUUGGAUGGGCUGGGGAGGGGGAUCUUUAAAAAGCACAGCUGAAAGGCUGGAGCUUCCAGGCCCCCUCAUCCCUCCCCAGUGACACUUCCUUCUAUCACUGUAGUCAGUGCAACGUGGCCCAAUAUCCUUGCCUCCAGCUGUGGUUUGAGCUGAGCUUUGCAAGCCAGGAGCUGCCAAGGUGGAAGGGGGGAGGGUUCUGCGCUUGAGACACCAAAGCCUCAAAUGGAAAGUGGAAGUGAAGGGCUCCAUCCAGGGUCCAUUUCUCAAAAUGUUUUGCUACUGAUGCUUCACAUCAGCGAAGACAAACAGUGGGAUUCGCUCUUUGUGGUUAUUUCUGAGUGCUUGACUGCAGAAGUCCCUUCCCCUUCUGGCUGGUGAGACCCCAGAGCCACCCUGGAUGCUGCUUGGCCUGUGUUACUGUUUCCACCCCACCCACCCUAGUUAGUUCAGCCAACUCUGCCCAUCCCCACCAAACGCCUGGGCCCCAAAGGGCGGGGGACUGAACGAACCCCCUGCUGGUCUCUCUUCUCCUUAGAGAAGCCAAAUUUGUCGACUCCUUUUAUAGAAAAUAUUUAUUGGUCCAGUAACAGCAGUGAAGAAGUGACUGUGGCCCCAGCUGGCAUGAUGCCAAAAGGCCCCCUGCCUUUCUGACAGCCCCUACCUGGAUUGGGGGCGUCUUUGGAUGCACGAGGAAGUUUAAGCAUCUGUUGGAGCAACAAGGGAGGUGGAGCUGGGGGAUCAGAGGUGGUGAGUUGUAGGGCCCCUCUCCUCAUGACAGGCAUUUAAGUACCUGGGAAAUAUUUGGGGGUGUGGGCUUCUGUGCUGCCCUCGGUCACAAGGGUAGGGCUGGAGCCAGGGCAUUCACCUGGACUCAGCCCUAUUCCCGUGCCCUCUGAGAAAGCCCAGGGACUGUCACCUGCUCAGAGGCCCCUGUGCCUCUGCCAGUGCCCUGCCGCGUAACUCUGCUGUGAGUCUUCAGUAGAUGAGGAAAGGCUACGGGGGGGGGGCAUGCCUUCCCAUGCACACACUGACAACAGGGGUGUAGAGGGCGCAAGGGAGAAAAUGUUUCCAAUCACAGGCAGCCAGGGCAGGGAGGCAGCCAGAUGGGCUCCUGCCUUCCAAGGACGAGAGGGAUCCGACCCCGUUUUGGGACCUUUUGGCCACCCCACCUCAUCCCAUGGUCCUAAUCAGGAGCAGAAGAGCCCCCCCUCCUGAGCACUAGCCACCUUCCUAGCUCCUCCAGAGACUGCAGACUGAGGGGGGUGGGGCGGGCAAAGGGUCCUUUCGCCUUCACAACCUUUCUCCGUUCCCACCUGGACAAGUAAUAAAUAUUCCCCACCCGCCCAAGCUCAGGCUCGGCUGCGGGGGAUGUGGAGGCAGCGGGGGGGCUGCCCUGCGAGCGCAGUGCCAAGCGGGCACAGGCAAUGGUAGGAGCCCUCCAGGUUGAGGCAGCGGCCACCGGAGCACAGCCUGUCCACCUCCCUGCAUUCGUCAAUAUCUGCGGAGAGGAGAGAGAUCACGUCAGGCUGCCAUUUGGCCAGGAGAGCUGGGCUCAGCCCACCAGCUGGGGGGACAAGGAGAGGGGGCCCCUCACCACGGCACGCCAUGUGGGUCGGGUCAAGGCGGUAGCCCUCGUUGCAGGAGCAGGUGAACCCAUCAGCAACCUGGAUACACUGGCCAUUUUCACAGCCACUCAGAAUCCCACACUCCUCGGCAGGGAGCCCUCCGGUGCCUCCAAAAUGGCCUGCUGGUGACAGACCAAGAGAUGCAAGCAGGCUUCCCUUUUACACUGCCUGAGACCCCCGUCCUCCUUCCCCCUCUUUAAAGCUUCCCCUCCCAGAGGCCACUUUUCUUUUCAUCCCAGGACCACCUGCAAGUGCCAUUUUGCAAACAUACAAGUGGCAGCUCCCCCCUCCCCUUUGUCACCCACUCACGGUAGUCUUCACUGGCCCGAUUGGGCCGUUCAGGAUAGGAGUGCCCAUGGCCACGGGACGGGUAGUGCCAGUCUGAGUCAGGGGGGCUACGAGGCUGGUAUCCAUCCCGGAGGUCCUCAGCUGGGGUGUCCAGCUGCGCAUCACUAUAGGGUGCGUCGUCCAGGCCAGCUGCCUCGUAGGGGGAUGGUCCAUAGAGUGACUCAUGAGG